AUGGCGGCGGAUGUGCUCGUAGACAGUACGAAGAACAACUCGAAUGUGUCGCAUCCGAGAACGUUGACCUUACCCAAAGACUGGGAUGAGAAGCCAAGGCUAAAGUUUCUGAAAUUCACUACGAAGGAGCGUUACAAGAUGACGAGUUUACAUCUCGAUAAGGGAUGGUUCGCUUUCGAUUACCUCAGAGGCUUCUUGUCCUUCGUACAACCUUACGACAUACCGACCGAUCUACUAGUGGACGCCGUGGAAAAUCGCAUAAACACCAGUAAAUUGAUUUCAGAGUCUAUGCACGUGGAAGCAGCUUUUCUGGUCUUAGUAGGCAUGUGCUGCGUAUUGGCCUGCAUAAUACCUGGCAUGGAACUUUGGCUCGCCUGUCGUCCAAUCAGAGAGGAUUACAAACCUUCUCGGCAUCCGAGUGUUCUCGCAUUUCUCCUCACCAUUCUCGUCUUUAUACUCGGGUCUUGCAUGGUGACAAUGAUAAUAUGCAACGAGGUGGUGGCGGUCGGGAUCGAGAAGCUCCCUAUGACAGUAGAGACGGCAUUACAGGAUUUAAAGGACUACCACGCGGACACCACAUCACAGUUGCGAAAGUGCCUCACGAGAAGUUUGGACGUGGCUAGCGAAGCUAUCCUCGCGGAUCUGGACAGUGAGUGA